UCGAGUAUAGGACAACAACAUCGUAUUUUAUUUGUUAACUUUCACAUUGCUCGAUAGUGUCGAAACAAUGAGAGCAUGAAACACGAGCGGAUGGAUUAGUUUGAAUUGAAACUUGAUCGAUGAUACAUUACCUUUUACUUUACCUCUUUAUAAUCAUUUGCGAUAAAUUUUAAUAUGUUUAAACUUUUUCAUUUAUAUUUUCAUAUAAUUAUUCUUGUUAUUACAAGUGUUGCGAGAAAGGAGUAUAAACUUCCUUCAGAUGUGGUCGAAAAAUUAUGGAGAAAGUCAAUCGAUGAAAAUUACGGAGGAAUUGCAGUGAAGAAGCAAUUAUUCCAAGAUAUUUUUAUGGAAGAUCAAAAAGAUGAUAAAUUACAAUUUGGCUACGUUUGCGAAAAUCCAGUUCAAUGGGAACAAAGAUUCGAAGAAAAAGAUCUUUCGAAUAAUCGUCAUCGUGGAAAGGUUAAAUGGGGAGAUAUGGAUGGUAACUAUGGCGAACAUUAUUGGGAUAUAAAUCAUAAAUAAGUGUUGAAUAGUUAUAAUUGAAAUGGAAAAUAAAAAAUUAUUAUAAAAAGAAAUAUUAUCAUGUUAUGCAAAUAAUCAACAAUGUAUAAUGGGACGUCAAUAUAUGAAAUCGGAUGCACACUUGACCAUUUAUUUGAUAUAAUGUUGAUCAAGAUACGAUGAUGUAAAAUAAAUGUAAAAUUUACGAAAUCGAUCAUCGAUUUGGAGAGAGGAUUUGAGAAAAAAUAUUUGGUAUGUUCACAUGUAGGACAACCUUUAUUAUUCAAUACAGUACUAAUUAUAACAUAA